CAAGGUGUACUUCAAAGCUUGGCCCAAAAAAAAGCACCUGUUCUCAAAGUGGCAAACAGAACAGACUGGAGGAACAUAGACACACUCUGUGAUUUGUAGGAAAGUGCUUAUGCAACAGUAUUUUUCCAAGGAGCUCAUUCAACCUGAGAAUCCCCAAUACUGAGAGAUUAACUGCCCUCUAUAAUACAGAAGCAAAUGAAUAAAGGAAGACACAAAUCUAUCUCUGGCAGCUUUGUAACAUCUUUGGACAUCAGUGGGUUAAAUAAUAUUCAGAUUGAUGCGAUUACAGAGGUGCUUGUAAGUGUGGACACAUUACAAACAUUUAAGGGGGAGGAAGCACAGCAAACUUUCCAGGUGGAACACUUUGGUGGAACACUCAUUUAAUGAGAACAAUAAACUUCUGCCAAUCAAAAAACCUGAGGGGCCUGAAGGUAAUCAGUUAACUGAAAGGCUUGUGUGUUCCAGGGAAUUUAAUGGUUUGUGUCUUGAUAGUUUGACAAAAAUGUUUCACUCAGAUGUCUGUAAAAUUAAAAUACUGUAACAAAGUUAUGCAAUUUUUGGCAGUCUUCAGGGAAAUGGCAUUCCAGGCUAGGAAAACAAAUGUGAGCCUUUAGUUGCCAUCAGAACACAUAUGAGGAAAAAUGUUCAAAUUAAAACAAGUUAAGAUCACAGUAUGUUAAAAAUAAGGCUCAUCAAUCACAUUAAAAAAAAGCGGAACUAUUAUUUCUGGUGGAGAAAUAUAAUCUCAGAUAUGUAUUUCCAUUGAGCAGUGACCUAUAUCCCACUUUAAUACAGUUCAGGAAGAUUAAAACAACAGUAAAUAAUCAAAUAAAAAUAAAAUCAUUAUGCCAAAAUAUAAUAUGAACGGCAGAAAACACAAUCGGUGGGGCAUUAUUUUUCUUUUUUAGGCAGCUUUCUCAUACCCAACCUAUUCCAGCUGGAAUGUGCUGGGCAGGAAUGAGUAGAACAAGAGAAUGAUUUCAUGUUUGACAUGUUCCUUGUAAACAUUUGUAGACGCCCAGAGAGGUAUUUACCUGAGAAUGAUGUCAAUCAGUGAGAAUGCCAAGCCCAGAUAGCACAAUCGCCUUUCAUUUUCCAGUUUUAUCUUUUCAGGAAUUAAAAAAAAACUAAAUACAUCAAAAAUUCCCAGUAGUGGAAUAAAGAUUUUAUAGAAAACUCCUCUGCUCGAGAAAGCAGAGUCCCAGGAAGAAUUGGAGUGUUCCGGGUUUAACCUGGGAGCAGCUCAGCCUGAUUACAGUUUUCCUCUUCUUCUGUUACAAUGUAGAGAGCAGGCGAUGGUAAAGCACAAAUACCUUUUAAAUGUUGCACUACAAAGGCAAUAAAGUUACUUUAAAGCUGGCGGGCAGAUGCUACAGUGGGUUGUGCCUUCGGGUUUGUGCAGCGGGUGUGCUCUGCCACCCAACGGAUGCACGAAGCAAAACCUUCGACAAACAAACUGAGAAACAUGAUGUGGUUUUCGAUGAAAUUACAGCCAUUAUACCACGAGUAUUUUUAAUAGUACACACAAAGCUAUGAAAUGGAAAGGAGUGCUUUAAAGUUAGGACUGCCAUAUUAUAAGGCACUAAAACGAUUUUCUGUAAAAUAAUGAAGUGUCCUUAAGAAAAUAAGUGACUCUUUUGGUGAAAUGUGCAUCUCCACACACGAAACAGUGAAGCAUGAAAUGGUGGAGCUCAUUUAGAUUAAAAAGCUCUUUAGAGGACAGGAUGGGCCACCUUUCUGUUUCCAAAAGUUAAUAACAGAGUAUAAUUGAGUUCUUCUGAUAAUAAUUUAAGGGCAUAAACUAGAUAAUGUUAUUGUCAUCUGAAACAGUAACAGCUUGUCACACAUUCUGCGUCACAAAGUCACUGUGUCAGACUUGAUUUCUAGUGUUCUAAUAAUGGUUCACAUUUUUCCCUGUCAUUCAUUCCUUUGUUUUCAUGUUAAAAAGUUAUUGAUGCUGAUAUAUUAGUGGUUCUAAACAUAACUAAACUAUUUUUCUUGUCUCUACUUUUGUCUGGAAACUUAUAUGUUUUAUGCUUAAAUUCAGUCUUGAAGCAUCUUGGGAAACUCUUUCCUGCCUUUUUUCCUUUGGCCACUCUAACUCCACCCAAGCUGAUGGUUUCUAUGCUGAGUCUGAAAAUAGCCCUGGAGUAUUUGAUUAUAGGAAAGGGAUCUGAGGCUGAAUUACCUUGCAGGCAACAAUUUACAUGUAUUCAGUGAGUUUACAUUGUAUUUGUUUGGAAUGUGUCAGAUUUAAAGAUUCUGUAGGUCUACAGAUGAUACCACGUUGUACUACAAAACAGAUAAGAAGUGACUGUCCUCAAUCAGCACCAAGAUUUGCUCUUAUGCUCAAAAUAUUAUCUAUGAUCUAUAAGAUGGUGCAGAGCAAUACUUAUGCAACUAAAAGAGAUAUAUAUUAUUCAGAUACUCUGCUGUUUGGUAGCCAAAGUGCUGUGGACAGUAUAAUCAAUGACAUUUCCUGCAUGCUUAAGAUACCCCGGAGAAGUCUGCAUAUACUGUCUACAACUAAAGGUUUUGUUGCUGGUAAUUUAAGUUACACUGAGGAAGAUGGUACAAAAGUGAAUUGUACCUGCAGUGCAACAGCAGUCUCUGUGUCAUCUAAUGUUCAAGGAAUUAAAAAUUUAAUCUCACAUGCCAAAUUUGUGUUAAUUGUAGAAAAAGAUGCAACUUUUCAGAGGCUCCUGGAUGAUGACUUCUUCAACAAAGUGUCCCCAUGUAUCAUGGUUACGGGAAGAGGUGUACCAGAUCUUAAUACUCGACUUUUGGUCAGGAAGCUGUGGGAUUCUUUUCAAAUUCCUAUUUUCAGCCUUAUGGAUGCAGAUCCACAUGGUGUAGAAAUAAUGUGCGUCUACAAAUAUGGAUCUGUGUCAAUGUCUUUUGAGGCCCAUCAUCUCGCUGUUCCAUCUAUAAAGUGGCUUGGUCUCCUUCCAUCUGAUCUCAAGAGAUUAAAUAUAAAUAAAGAUGCCCUGAUUCCAUUUACAAAACAAGAUCAAAAUAAGUUGGCAAGUAUACAGAAGAGACCUUACAUUGCUUGUCAGCCACUGUGGAAAAAAGAACUGGAAAUGAUGGCAGCAUCUAAACUGAAGGCCGAAAUUCAAGUUCUAACUUCUCUCUCACAAGAUUACCUUUCCAGAGUCUAUUUACCAAACAAACUGCAGUUUGGUGGAUGGAUAUGAGCACUGUUUUGCAAAUGACAUGUUUUUCUAUAUAUUGAUUUGUUUUGUUGACUGCUCUUAGAGAAAAACCCUGCAGAGACAGAGGAGUAUCUGUCAGCUUCUUGUGAGGUUUCUUUAUCACUGUAUCUAGAUUACAAUUUUCUCUUUUUGCAGAAUACUGCUGCUUUCAUUCUAUGGUUUCUGCAGUGUAAAAGUGCCAAAUGCCAUGAUACACACAGAAAAGAUAAUGAAAUAUGUUGUUGCUUGUCAGAAAAAUGUUAAGUUUAAAAAUGUAUCCAAGAAUUGCUUUGCCUUCUGUCUUAAAGCACAAGAUGAUGUUGUACCAAGCUUUUUAUUUUUGAAGGGAGUGAAAGACUUGGUUAAGAAUUUAUUGUAUGUGACUCCUUUUGGAUUUUGUUUUAAGUACAACACGGUGGGGGUUUGUGUUCACUGUAAAUUCAGACCAAAAAAGUCAGAGAUAAUUCUUUAUUACUGCAUGUCUCAAGCAGCUAUAAAUGUUCCAGCAAUCAAAUUUCUAUCUGUCUUCCAUGAAUAAGUAAGAAAGCAGAUGUUACUGAUUAAGAAGUUAAUAAACAGUCCUGUUAAUGAUGCACAUCA